AAAAAAAUGUUUAUAUUUAUUUUACAAAAUUAUCUUCAACUACUAACAAACAACGGAAAUAGUAAUAAAUUAAUUAGAGGCACGAGGUUUAUUUUAUGGUUAUUGGCCGCAUCUUUUCUUUUUCUGAUAAUUAUUGCUGUUAAACAUUCUGAUGCAAAACCUUUGGUUGGCAACAAUUUUUACAAUUUUGCUGAACAAAGUUUGGAUAAACGAGAACCUAAUAAAAUGUUGCACAGACGUGAGUUAAGUGGAUUAAAACGUCUGAUAGACGAAAUUGUACGUUCUGGAUAUGAUGGGGGUUUCCUCCCUUUUAAGCGCCGAAGGAAAUAUUUUUUAUUUUGGAAGGCCAAGGGCAUUCAGUUCUAA